AUGAAUCCAAGGCCUGCCGAGGAGACAACUGUAUGCUGGAGUAAUGUCCAUGAUAUGGAAAUCGACGUUGAAGGUGGUGGGUCCAACUUGGAUUGGCAAAUUGAUCUCUCCCACUACUUCUCUUUUGAUCUGUCGAAGGCUCGAACGAUGGUGCUGCUUGGGCGCAGACGGGUUCCUUGGAUAGUCAACUUAUCUAGUGUGCAUUUGGGCAUCACGUUCAGGGAUGACUCGUUAUCCACAAGAACUUUGGCGAUGAGGUACUCCUUGCAUUUAACCGAGAUAUGCAAGGGCUUGUUGUGGUUUGACCCCUCUAGGGGGAGUUCUUCCUCUGUGAAGCAGGGCGUUUCUAUGCGGUUCCGAGCUCAUUAUCAAAGAUAG